AUGACCGAAGAAAUCGAGUCCCACAUAAUGCAGAAGUAUGAAGUAUUACAGAAAAUGGGGAAAGGAGCAUAUGGAGUAGUCUGGAAAGCCAUAGAUCGAAAAACAAAAUAAACUGUAGCACUCAAAAAAGUAUUUGAUGCAUUUCAUAAUGCCACUGAUGCACAACGCACAUUUCGAGAAGUCAUGUUUUUACAGGAGAUGCUCCACGACAAUGUUAUUCGAAUGACCAAUAUUCAUCGAGCAGAUAAUAACAAAGAUCUGUAUAUUGUUUUCGAUUUCAUGGAAACAGACCUCCAUGCUGUAAUUAGAGGAGGAAUCCUCGAAGAAAUACACUAGAGAUAUAUUAUCUAUUAAAUACUCAAAGCAUUAAAAUACAUUCACUCUGCUGAAAUCAUACAUAGAGAUCUUAAACCAUCAAACGUGUUACUCGAUGCAGAAUGUAAUGUCAAAGUUGCAGACUUCGGCCUAGCUAGAAGUCUACUAAAUCAAAUCGAUGAAACUUCCAUUCUGACUGAGUAUGUAGCAACUCGCUGGUAUCGAGCUCCUGAAAUUCUCCUUGGAUCCACCCAAUAUACCAAAGCUGUAGACAUGUGGUCAGUUGGUUGCAUCCUGGGAGAAAUGAUUAAUGGCAAACCUAUCUUCCCUGGUAGUUCCACACUCAAUCAAAUCGAAAGGGUUCUUGAAGUCAUAGGCAGACCAACCACCUCUGAAUUGGAAAGUGUCUAAGCACCCUUGGCCUCUCAAAUCGUCAACAAUAUUCCUAAAGGCUAGAGAAUUGGAUUUACAAACUAUUUUCCAAAAGCCACUCCUCAAGCAUUGGAUUUGAUUAGAAGAUUGCUUUCAUUCAAUCCUUCACAAAGGAUCUCUGUAGAAGAAGCCUUGAGACAUCCAUAUGUAGGUGCAUUCCAUCAUGAUAAUCAAGAGAGCACUACAAAUCCAAUUAUCAUCUCUAUGGAUGAUAACAAGAAAUUUAGUAUCAAAGAGUAUAGAGAGGCUUUGUACUUAGAAAUUAGUAAGAAAUAUGAAACCAAAUAUGAGAAUAAAUUUGAGAACUAAUUCAAAAGCACUGAUCAAAAUCAAUAAGAAAGAAAAAGAACUUAAAGUUUUUAACAUGCAUCUAAAAAACCUAAUGCUCCAUCUAAUUCUACUCUUCCUAGUGAAUAACCUAUAAUUAAAUAGCAAGAUCCUAAUGUUUAACAACAUGUUUCACAAAAUUACCUGAAAGAAUACUUGUCAAAUUGUAGUAAAGAUUAUUUAGGAUAAUAAUAAUAAUAAAGUGUCAAUAUGAGCAAGGAAUUUAUUAGUGGCCAAUUAUGUAAAGAAAUGAACAAAGAAAACUAAAAAUCUAAAAAUGUCGUCGACAUUUCAAUCAAUAAAAUAGAACGUGAUAAUUCAAUUUCCAAAAAAUAAAUUAUGUCUCCUUGGACUUAACCCAAUCAAAAACCUUAGAUCACAACUCAACAAUAGAGACCUCCCUCUGUUAGUGUUUAUGCUACUUUAAAUUAGGCCUCUUCAAAUCAACUGAAAUCUUAAAUACCCUAAUAACUACAGAACAAUAAUGCUGCUGUUGCGUAGAAGAGAAUCAGUGCAAAAAUGCCUACCAGUGGUACAAGCACAUCUUUUUAUAUUCCCUCUGAUAAAGCCAACUCUAGUUUCAAUUAUGGUAAGAAAAUCUCCAAAGAAAAUAGUUUCUUAGGGGAUCAUAAUAUCUCCACCCAAUCUAAUAUCCCUUAGCCAUAAUAAUAAUAGAUGCAUUAAAAAACAAUGAGCAUGAACUAUCAGACUUAUUUAAUGCAAAAGGGCAUUUCUGAUUAAAGAAGCAAAUAAACAAUAGUUAAUCAUCAAAGAACUUAGUCUUAAUUAGGUGCUAAUAAUAGCGUGUUAAUCAAUCGAUGUAAGGAAUUCCUUCAGAACAUGUAGGCUAUUAAAAAAUGA